CAGAGCGCUCUCCUUCGAUGGGAGGCUUCAAGUGACAUGCACUGCAAUGACGGCAGAGUGGGUGGGAGCUCACGGGGGAAAAUCGCUGCUGCUGUGGCGUGCUGCGGCGAGUUUGGCGACACCAUUUUCGUUUUCCAAAGCCAAAGCACUGUUUUGAAGACACCCCAAAAGACCGAAGGGAGGGGGCAGUGUUUCCCACAUUUGAGACACCGCUCUGCUUCGCCUCACAUCUGUGUUGUUUGCAGUGGGAGCCAGAAGCGUGCGCACGCCGCCGAGGUGAAAGGGAAAUCUCCGAUCUGAUCCGCGAGACGAGGUCACCAAGCGCACACAUUGACGGGCCGUCGCUGCGCGAGAGCGUGUGGAAUAGUCGUGUGGAUAAUGGCUGCCAGACUCCGUGAUACAGACACUCAAUGAAGAAGCAGUGUGUGGAGAAGAGACAAGGGCGACGACAGCAGCAGCAACAGCAGCAGACGUGGAAGCGUGGAGGAGGGCGAGGAGGCGAGGGCGAGGAUGGUGAGCCGCAGCCAGGCCAAGUACGAGCUGAUCCAGGAGGUGGGCCGCGGCAGCUACGGCGUGGUGUACGAGGCGGUGGCGCGCAGCUCGGGCGCCCGCGUGGCCGUCAAGAAGAUCCGCUGCCACUCGCCCGAGAACGUGGAGCUGGCGCUGCGUGAGUUCUGGGCGCUCAGCAGCAUCCAGAGCCAGCACCCCAACGUCAUCCACCUGGAGGAGUGCGUGCUGCAGAGGGACGGCCUCGCCCAGCGCAUGAGCCACGGCUCCAGCUCCUCACUCUACCUAGAGCUGGUGGAGACGUCGCUAAAGGGCGAGAUCGCCUUUGACCCGCAGUGCGCCUACUACCUGUGGUUCGUGAUGGACUUCUGCGACGGCGGCGACAUGAAUGCCUACCUGCUGUCGCGCAAGCCCAGCCGCCGCACCAACACCAGCUUCAUGCUGCAGCUGGGCAGCGCGCUGGCCUUCCUGCACCGCAACCAGAUCAUCCACCGCGACCUCAAGCCCGACAACAUCCUCAUCUCGCAGGGCCGCACGCCGGCCGGCUCGCCCGAGCCCACGCUCAAGGUGGCCGACUUCGGCCUGAGCAAGGUGUGCUCCACGUCGGGCCUCAACCCCGAGGAGCCGGCCAGCGUCAACAAGUGCUUCCUGUCCACGGCCUGCGGCACCGACUUCUACAUGGCGCCCGAGGUGUGGGAGGGCCACUACACGGCCAAGGCGGACAUCUUUGCGCUGGGCGUCAUCAUCUGGGCCAUGGUGGAGCGCAUCACCUUCGUGGACGUGGAGACGCAGAAGGAGCUGCUGGGCAGCUACGUGCAGCAGGGCGGCGAGAUCGUGCCGCUGGGCGAGGCGCUGCUGGAGAACCCCAAGAUGGAGCUGCUCAUCCCGGCGCGCAAGAAGAGCAUGAACGCCAGCAUGAAGCAGCUGAUCCGCGAGAUGCUCUCCGCCAACCCCCAGGAGCGGCCCGACGCCUUCGAGCUGGAGCUCCGCCUGGUGCGCAUCGCCUGCCGCGAGCUCGACUGGGACACAUGAUGGCGGGCAGGUGCAUGAUGGGAAGGCGGAGGACUACUGAGUGCACAGCGCACAGCACAGCCCACUCGACCCCGACACAAACCCUUAAAGGGCUUUGGGUUUCGUUUUGAUGUUUUGUUUUUGGUCUCUCUCUCUUUUUUUUUUUUUUGUAAAGAAGUGAAAGCAAUGCGAAGCAACGCCGAACAAAUCAGGACUGGGGACUGGUGGCGCUAAACAAGAACAGUUACUUGCACUUAAAGUGCAAAUCUCUCUCUUUUUUUUGAUUUUCCUUGUUUUUUGUUUGCUUGUUACGAAGACGACAAUAAAACACAAACACAAUCACCCACCAACCACUGGGUGCAGGUAUCUAUGCAUCCUUUUACUAACUGGUUUGGAGGGUUUUUUUGUAACAAUUUUUUUUGUAAUUGUGUUUUUCUGGUUUUAUAUAUCAAGGGAAAUAUAAGAAAUCAAUUGGUCCUUGACAUUUCUUUCUUGUAGUUAUGUGACAAGAAUAGCGACGUGUGGCGUUUACCACGGCAACUGUUCCUAAGGUUGCCCCGUAAGCACAGUGUUUUCUGCGGGCUUUCGGUUGAGUGCUGGCCGAAGCCUUCGCUUUAUCUUACUCUUCAGGAAUUAUCCGCAUCACGUUUUCCACCUCGUCCUCGUCGCUGUCUGAGGAGGAUCGGAUUGCACCAGCACCCUUCCACUGUUACCCCCCCCCCCCCCCCACACACACACACACAUACACACCACCCCCUGAAAAAAAUCUGUUUGAUCUCGUCGGCGCGCCUGGAAGCAUGGGGAUUUAAUUAGCAGAGUUGGAAUGCCGUCUGGCAAAAGCAAACUUCUGAUGGGUCCUCCCCUGGUAUCUCGUCUUCCUCUCCUCUCCUCUCUUCAUCUCUUUUCUCUGCUGGGAACCUUCCUUAUUUCCUCCCCUCGCCCCCAGUCUGACAGCCCCAUUGACUGUUUGUGUCUCUGGACAGCCCUGAGGUUUCUUGUUUUCUCUGUCUCCGGCUGGCUGGCUCUCGCGUCUGGUGCUAACGUCAGCUCUGAUGCAACUCCGUACACACAGGGAAAAAAAGCCUCUUUUCUUGACACGCUUGACCAAAACCUCCACCAACGCCACUGACCACAAGCCAAUGGCAUCCGAGUGGCUGGUCUGUGCUAAUCUUCUGUGAUCAUUAUGGGCUGUACUCUCUGUCUGCCAGUUAGUUUUACUGGAUGGGUCAUCAUGAUGUCAUUUUACUGUUUUUACUGCUGUUGCCAGACUUUCUUGAAAACAUCUGAUUCUGUAGUCAGGUUGCCAGUGGAGUUUAAACUUCAUGUUCUGUGCUAGAAGGGGUGAGUGUACUAUUUGCAGGCUCCUGACUCUAAAUUGACUUAGUUACUCGGUGCUUUAAUGGAAGUAUCAGUGGAAACAGCCAUUAAUGCAUGUCUUCAGCCCCUACUUAGAAUAAAAAAAGGCAGAGAGCAGUACAGUAUGUGUGCAGGUGAAAAAAAAUGCUGCUGAAUUUAUUUCAUUUGAAAUUUUUGUUCAGUUGAAUUUUUUACGAAACGCCUCUCAUUCAAAGGUCUGUGUUAUCACUUUAGAGAGUGGUAGGAUUGCAAGAGGCAGUAAAACAACACAAAAUCUUUUGACUUGAUUGGACCGGGGCAAAUUUUGGCCAGACCUGUUCUAGAGUCUUCCAAAAAGUUCCGUGGAACAGAGCGUGCGGGACCAGGCCCCCUGCAGUGCAGCCUCUGUAGGUGACCUCACCUGGACACACGCCGCUUGGGCUAGUGGAGCAAGUAACCUUUACGCUCUGACAACUGUUCCACUUUUUGCCAGCUUGUGUGUGUGUGUGUGUGUGUGUGUGUGUGUGUGUGUGUGUGGGCAGGCAGGCUGGUGUGCAGGUGUGAGCAGGGUUAAUCUGUGCCGAGGCUAGCAGGUGUUUGCGACCUGUGCUUUUCCUCUGGCUCUAAGCCAGUCCUGUGAUCUGGGUUGAACCCAUGGAGUGGAGUGGGGUGUUUUGGGUGUGGGCGGGCUUGGGUGAGUGGUCAGUUUGUGUCUCUUUUGGACAGAACACAGAUGCAGUGAUGUGAAUGUUUCAACGAAUUGCCUAACGAGAGAAUUUGAGGAAUUUGCCCCCCCCCCCCCCCGCUAAUGUAAUUAAAUUCCCUGAGAAAAAGAUGGGAGAAAAGGGGUCGGCAGGCGUCAAGCUGCUUACUGAAGGGAGCAUAGAGGCCCUUAUUGUUGCCUAAACAUCCACUUCUUGAGUUUGAGGCCGAGUGUGUUGCCUUGCAGAAGCCCAACAUUUCUGAACUUGAAUCUGCAAACUUGAAGGAUUGUCUUAAAGGGACUCGGUGUGGGUGUGUCGGAAGGGGUGGGGGGAACGGGGACUUGAGCACUUGAGGGACUUGACAGCUUAGCUUAAUUUUGUUUUUCUGCCCACAAUUUUUUUGAUCCUCUUUGGUGCACCCAUGGCUUCCUAUUAGACUCUACUGAAAAGCGCUUUUUAGAGAGCGUGUACUCACGAGAGAGAGAGAGAGAGAGAUGGUCAAGACAGGUGACACACAUAGACAUCACAUGUUCCUCAAGACGAGAAGCCACCACUGUCCUCACACUUACACACACACACACUCACACCUUUUCAUACACUCACAGCAAACCUCUGGUUGCUGAGGCAUUGUCAGUUUUGGACACUUGAUGCUGCUGAGGUGAAUUUGAUCUCUCACUGUGUAAAGCCCUCCUGACACACACACACACACACACACACGCACACACACACCCCUUAUGGCACUCGAUCCCACUGGUAAUCCCUUUCGCCACGCUUCUGACAGCCCCACAGUAAGCCUGUUAGGUUGUCACAGCAGCUGGCAAAGACAGGCCCGGGGGAUGCGGGGUGGGGAGGGGGGACCCAAAAUACCUUUCAGGUCAACAUCUUUCUACCAGCUCCACUGUAGUGGGAACGAGGGGUGUGCCUCUCAAUUCUGUUCUGCAGCAGCAAUAUUUUUUAGGGACGUGGGGGAUGGGCAUGUUGUUUCCCUAAAAAAGAAAAACAACACACACACACGCAGACACACAAAAAACUGAGACGCGCUAAGCUCUCAAUAUUUAAUGCAGUAGAUGCAGAUUUCAGGGUCACUUUACUCUUCCUGCUUGUCUUGCCUUGGUGCUCUUGACAAACGGUCACCAGCAAAAGCACGGCACCUGCUCUACACACACAUACACACACACACACACAAUAUCCUGGAAUGUUUGCAUGGAGGCUUGCCUUUAUAGAAGCACUGACAGGGUUAACCUGUAAUCCAUAAUAUGGCCACAGGAGAGAUGGGUGUACAUCACGCUGUUGUUUUGCAUUUGCCUUUCUCUCUCUCUCUCUCUCUCUCUCUCUCUCUCUCUCUCUCUCUCUCUCUCUGAGAUUAGCUGAAUUUAUGCCUUAUUUCUAAAUUUCCUGCCCAUGUAAGCACUUGAUAUAUCAAAAAAAGAAAAAGAAAAAGAAAAUGACUGUGCACUUAGCCUAGAGAGCAGUGGACCGGUGAAGGAACGUGUGUUGUUUUUAUUUCUUUUCUUUAGCCCGUAAUCUUAUAGGGCAGAUUGUGUUUGAGUGGGUCCACCUUGUUCCGAGCUUAUUGAAUGACAUGUGUAUAUGAAAGUGCUGUCAGUAUUUAAGUCUGCUUGUCAUACAAGUUGACUUAACGCCCACAUUUGUUUUCUCUCUCUCUCCUUUGCUUCUUUUAAACACUUGUGUGAUUGAACACAGGGAACUGCACAGUGACAAGGCCAGCCACUAGACUAGACUAGACCGAUAUUCAGUUUUCAAAGUAGGUCAUUAUCAUCUCUUUGCCCUGGAGGCUGCUGGGAGAUGGAAGAGGCUGCUGGGAAAGUUUAUGUGAGGACACAUGGGCUGUUUCCGAGAUUGCAUACUGCAUACUGCUGGUAUGCUGAUCUUGACAGAAUAGUGGUGAGGCGUAUGCAGCUAGUAGUCUAGCAUUUCGGCAUUUCGGAUACAGCCAUGGGGUCUCCCUGCAAGUCUCUACGAGCUAGAGAAGGGAGCCUUUCCAUGAAGUCCCUUUUCAGUGAACCCAUCUUUUUUUUGGAUUUUUGCCAAAACCUCAAGACACUGUCCUCAAAACACAAGAUUAUUAAUCUUCAAAAAUGAGUUCCACUUUGAAGAUUCUUAAUCUUUUGUAUGCAUAGACUUUCUGUGGUUUGAUUAGAUCCCAUUGUUGUAUAUACUGUACAGGGGUUGUAUAGAUUGAAGAAAGUGUAAAAGAUGUUUUUUCUUUCUUUUUAUUUUGAGGGAUGACAUCAUGGAUUGGACCAUGAUUCAAUCUGACAUUGUUGCUGUGAUGGGUUUGGUUUUCCAGAUUUGUUUUGUGUGUGUGUGUGCGCAGACAACUUAUUACAGUUUUCUUUCCAGUCUCUGUAUAAAUGAGUCAAUGAAUUGCCAUUCAGAAUGCGAUGUGGUGUGCCUGUACUGUUGGUAAUUGUCUGUGUCCAUUGGCUGCGUGUUUAUCCUUUAAACCACCCACCACCCACCCCAACCCCCGGUCCUUCCUUCCGUCUCCACCAACUGGAGUGGGCCCAGCCGACUUUUCCACUACCUCCCAGCACUCAGUAGAACUUAACACUGUGGACAGAAUUGAACCCGGUAGCAUAAACACACUCAUAAACACACACAUCCCAUUACAUAUUUCAGUAGAAGUUAGCGAAGCUCAGAUUUCUGGUUUCAUCAUUUUUUGGUCCUUGGGUCCAAUAGCAGCAGCAGCAGCAGCAGUAGUACUGCGAGUCACGGAUGACCAAAACCAUCACUGUGUCAGGACGUAUCGUGUUGAGUUGUUGAAUGCAUCACCCACCGGCUGCUCAACCAGAAUUGCAUUGGUUAACAGAUCCCAAUGCUGAGGGGUCUCUGAAUGGAUGUGUAAUGGCAGCAGCCAUGACUGGGGGAAUGUAAUGAUCAAGUUUUAUGUUGAAAAGAAGAAGGAAAAAAAUAAACCUUAAAACCAGUCAGAUUUUUCCCCUUUUUUUCCAAGAACGAAUUUUCUCUCUGAGUCAGUGUAAAAUAUUUUGAGAAUGAUUGAAAUUUAUCAAAAGCAAUGUUGUAAAUGAAUGUGUAAUUUAUUGUUGCUUUUGCUUUAUAAAUAAAGAAAGAAAUAAACGAA